CAAUAAGCGUCACUUCGCGGAGUUAACACAACCCGUGGGCUUAUCCUUGGCCACACAGCGGUUUCCUCUCGAGCAGAGAAGUGCCAAAGCAAGCAAAUUCUCGUAUCCGCUGAUAGCCUAAUGGCGCUAAGUUCGUCUUCGCAUUUGUCUUCGAUUUCGUUCCAGUUCAGAAACCCUAGGGCUCCGCUCUGCGUUCGACACCUUCUCUCCAGUUUGGCCUCUCCGUCCGACGACGAAACUGCGAAGCCUUCUCUCCGCAUUUCGGCUGAAUCCGUCCCCAAAGCGAGAUUCGUCGCCCGCCGGAGACAAUCCAUGCCGGUCCGGCAACUACAACGGCCUUUAAUUGAGUAUAUGAGCUUGCCUGCUAGCCAGUACUCUGUUCUGGAUGCAGAGAGGAUUGAGCGGGUUGAUGAUAACACCUUCAGAUGUUAUGUGUAUAGGAUAAAGUUCUUUUCUUUUGAAGUAUGCCCUGUUCUGUUGGUCAGAGUUGAAGAGCAAAGAAAUGGUUGUUGUAUUAAGCUUUUGUCAUGCCAGCUUGAGGGCUCACCAAUUGUGGUUGCACAGAAUGAGCGUUUUCAUGCUUCUAUGGAGAAUAGAAUAUCAUGUGAUAGCAAACGGAGUAAUUCAUCAGUUGCUGAACUCACCUCAGAUGCUGUUAUUGAGGUCAGCAUUGAUGUUCCUUUUUCUUUUCUACCAAUUCCUGUGCGAGCCAUUGAAUCAACUGGAGCUCAAGUACUUGAUCAGCUAUUGAGGAUUAUGCUUCCCCGCUUCAUGGCACAGCUUGAAAAAGACUACCAAGCAUGGGCUUCAGGAGACGCCUCAAGGCAGCCCCUCGGAACAGGUCAAAUUUAGGAUUGCAACAAAAUUUGGGUUAGAUCUGUCCCGGUUUGAAAAGGCUUAGGUGUUCUUAAAAGGCCCAGUUUUGUGGGUAUGGAGGUCUCUAAAUCUGGGCUGGGCUUCUUUCUAACCAGUCCAUUACAGCCCCACAAAGUCUGCAAAAUUGUGGAUUUUAUCAUGUUAAAUUGAAAAGCGCCAAUAGAGUAUGCUUGAUGGUAAGUGGCUAUUAUUUUUCUAUUUUGUCAGUAGAGAUUGAACCUCCUUGCGAGAGUACAUAUAAAUUUUGUGUCCUUUUGGCUUGCGUUGUUUACGGGUUGUUAAUUGUGUUUGAUGAGUGUAUUUUGUACACUCAAAGAUGGUGAUUGCUUGCUUUUAUUAAUAUAAACAAAAUAGGGGAAUGGAGUAACAAGUCUUG